AUGGAAUCGGAGCAAUUUUUUUUAAAAUGGAAUAAUUUUGAAAAUAAUUUAACUUCUGGUUUUGCCGAUUUACUUAAACAAGAACUCAUGGUCGAUGUGACUUUGGCUGCAGAGGGGAAAAUCAUUCAAGCGCAUAAAAUUAUUUUAUCGAUUUGUAGCUCAUAUUUUAGAAACAUGUUUCAAUUGAAUCCUUGCCAGCAUCCCAUUGUGGUCCUCAAGGAUGUAGGCUAUCAAGAAUUAACAGACAUGCUUGAUUUCAUGUAUAAAGGAGAAGCGAACGUUCGACAACAAGAUUUACCUUCUUUUCUUAAACUAGCGGAAACUUUGAAAGUAAAAGGAUUGGCCGGAAGUCCCACAGAGUGGGAUGAAAAUUUGAAAAAACCAUUUGGAUCUCACAUGUCUACAAUCACCAAAGAUAAAUUAUCCCAAGUCAAUAAUAAUAAUUUAUUAAAUCAUGUUUUACAAGAAGAUGAAGAAGAAGAUGAAAACAUGGCUGCCAAAAGAAAACGAAAAAGGCCUUUAUCCCAAAAUUUAGAAGAUAAAUGUGAUGAUCAUCAUUAUUAUUAUUUAAACGACAACGUUGAAAGUUUCGAAUGUGAUGUGACAAUGAAAGAUGAAAGACUCGAUGACACAAGUUUAGAUUCAUAUGAGCUUGAAAAAGAGGAUUUGAUUUUGACUUGUCUCGCAAUGAGAACAAAGAGCACCACCAAGGGACCACCAAGGGAGUCCAGAUUGAGAAGAUGA